UGGCCCUCCAACGGUUUCUGUGCUUUUUCUCUGUGAUGAUCAUUCUUUUUGGCAAAGAUGUUCAUUCACAGCUGCCUGAUGUUCCUUCACAGCAGCCUGCAUGUGGCAGGGUUAUUAAAAAUGGCAGAAUCGUAGGAGGGGAAGAUGCAGCCCCUGGAAGUUGGCCCUGGCAGGCAUCUUUAUCCAAAGAUGGCUCUUUUUUCUGUGGAGGGUCUCUAAUCACCAACCAGUGGGUGCUGACAGCUGCUCACUGCAUUACGCCUGCUGAUCUUCCCACCACAGCGGUGACUCUGGGCCACAACACUGCGUCUGGUUCAAACCCAAAUUCAGUGACUGUGCCUCUUGCAAACAUCAUCUGCCAUCCCGACUAUGACUCUACAACAAUGAAUAACGACAUGUGCCUCCUGCAGCUGUCGGCUCCUGUGAAUUUCACAGACUACAUUCAGCCAGUCUGCUUAGCCUCAGCAGGCAGCACUUUCAACAAUGGGACCAGCAGCUGGGUCACUGGCUUUGGUACCCUAUCAAGUGGUGGUUCCACCCCAGAGACUCUGCAGGAGGUGAAUGUACCAAUUGUCGGAAACAAUGAGUGCAAAUGCGACUUACAAAACUUCGUUGCAAUCACAGAUAACAUGAUCUGUGCUGGACUGCAAGAGGGUGGGAAGGAUUCAUGUCAGGGAGACUCGGGGGGACCACUCGUGACAAAAAACAAUAUGGGCAUCUGGAUCCAGAGUGGAGUUGUGAGUUUUGGUGAGGCCUGCGCCCUGCCUAAUAAACCUGGAGUCUAUGCUCGUGUGUCCCAGUACCAAAACUGGAUCAGCACCACCGUCACCGGAACACCACCAGGCUUUGUUGACUACACCUCCAUGGGCUUUGACUUUGACUUAUUCUUCUCCUGCCCCACAUCAACACCAACCACUGGUCCCACCGAUUACCCACCCCCCACCCCCCCAUGUGACAGUGAGAGUUUGUUUUGCAGUGGUGAAAACCUGAUCCACUUCACUCACUUCACCUCUCUCUGUGUUCUUGUUGUGUUGCUCCAAGUGUUUUUUGGAAGUGGUGGAAUGUAACUCAAUGCAUUUACAAGUCCUGUACUUAAGUACUAUCUUGAAAUAAUUACUAUUACUUGAACAGAUUUAUGGGACAGCUUAAGUUUCUGAGCACUUCACAAAUAGAAGAGAAACAGUUAUUAGUACAUAUUACAACAGUACACAUUAGACUAACAGUAGAUUCUGAAAGAAAUUAAGAAGUGGACUGUUUAAACAUUCUGACAUGAGAUAUUAUUAAAAAAAUAUAUUAUUUCUUGUUUUCAAUUAUAGUGAUUUGCUCAUCUUUAUCUGAUAUAUUUCCAUGACGUCAAUGAUCAUUCAAAAAUUCAGCCUGGCAAAUUUGAAGACUAAAUCAGAAAAAUAUUUAGUAAUUCUCUUUAAAUGUUAUCAUGUUACAUAUGGGCAUAUUUCUGUUGUAUGGUCAAAAUCUGUCAUAGUUUGAUAAAAUUCUGUUCAGAUCUUGUUUUGGUAUUCUGACACUUUUGAUGAUUAAAACAUGCAAUUUUAAAAU